CGCCUCCUACUUGUCAGACUUGUUAGCAUCGCUAGCAGCUCGUAUUCAUGGCUGCUGUUAUUCUGAGUUUUCCAACGCUGCAAGGCCUAAGGAUAUUCACACAAAAACUAUCAUGGACCAAAAGAGGUGUGCGGCUUGUUUCAGGAGGAGGGGUGGGAAGGAUAGAAAAAGUUCUGAUUGCCAAUCGUGGAGAGAUUGCAUGCCGUGUGAUGCGUACGGCGAAGAAGAUGGGUGUGCGUUCUGUGGCGGUGUACAGCGAUGCAGACAGACACUCCAUGCAUGUGGCCAUGGCAGAUGAGGCCUACCACAUCGGGCCGCCUCCUUCCCAACAGAGUUACCUCUCAAUGGAGAAAGUUUUAGAAGUGGCCAGGAGGUCAGGAUCCCACGCAGUCCAUCCUGGUUAUGGCUUCCUGUCAGAAAACACAGAGUUUGCAGAAGCUUGUAAAAAGGAAGGAAUCAUCUUCAUCGGACCGCCUUCUUCGGCCAUCCGAGACAUGGGCAUUAAGAGCACAUCCAAACACAUCAUGUCAGCUGCUGGGGUGCCAAUCAUAGGUGGUUACCAUGGAGAGGACCAAUCAAACGAGAGGCUGCAGGCAGAGGCUGCAAAGAUUGGCUAUCCUGUGAUGAUCAAGGCAGUCCGUGGAGGAGGAGGGAAGGGAAUGCGCAUCGCCCGGUCAGACUCAGACUUCAUCGAACAGCUGGAGUCAGCGAGACGUGAAGCCAGGAAGUCCUUUAAUGAUGACGUCAUGCUCAUUGAGAAGUUUGUAGAGGAUCCCAGACACGUAGAGGUUCAAGUGUUUGGAGACAUGCACGGUAACGCUGUCUAUCUGUUUGAGAGGGACUGCAGCGUCCAGCGGAGACAUCAGAAGAUCAUAGAGGAAGCUCCAGGGCCUGGGAUAAGCCCUGAGGUUCGGAGGAAACUUGGAGAGGCAGCUGUCAGAGCAGCUAAAGCUGUGAGCUACGUUGGAGCAGGUACUGUGGAGUUUAUAAUGGAUGCUCAGCACAACUUCUACUUCAUGGAGAUGAACACGAGGCUGCAGGUGGAGCAUCCCGUCACCGAGAUGAUCACUGGAACCGACCUGGUGGAGUGGCAGCUCAGGGUGGCAGCAGGGGAGCCCCUGCCCCUCCUCCAGGAUGACAUCAACCUAAGGGGCCACUCUUUUGAGGCUCGUAUCUACGCCGAGGACCCAAACGACGACUUCCUUCCAGGAGCGGGUCCUCUGCUGCAUCUGUCCACACCUUCAGCAGACCAACACACACGCAUAGAGACUGGGGUCAGAGAGGGGGAUGAGGUUUCUGCCCAUUACGAUCCAAUGAUUGCCAAGCUGGUGGUGUGGGGGGAGGACCGAUCUGCUGCCUUAAAGAAACUGCGCUACUGUUUACGACAGUAUAACAUCGUGGGUCUCAACACUAACAUAGACUUCCUGCUGAGCCUCUCGGGUCACUCGGAGUUUGAGGUUGGAAACGUGAGUACCAGUUUCAUCCCUCAGCACUACGCCGACCUCUUCCCCGCUCCGAGAACGCCAUCCGGGGCAACGAUCUGCCAGGCCGCCCUGGGCCUGGUGCUGCAGGAGAGGAAGCACACGCAGGAGUUCACACAGACCUCCGCAGAUCCUUUCAGUCCAUUUGGUUCCAGCAGUGGUUGGAGAAAUAACAUCCAGUUGAACAGAAAUAUGAUCUUACAGCUGGGAGACGAGAAAGUCGAUGUUGUCAUCACGUACGAUUCGGACGGAAACUACAGAAUGCAGGUUGGUGAGGAGGUCUACCACGUAACGGGGCAGGUGGAGGUGGAAGGUGGAGCUACGUUCUUGCACUGUUCAAUAAACGGAGUGAAGUCACGUCCCAAACUGGUGAUCCUGGACAACACAGUGCAUCUGUUUUCCCUCGAGGGGAGUCACCAGGUGUCUGUUCCAGUACCAAAGUAUCUGGCUGGUGUGAGUGGGACAGGAGCUCAGGGGGGAGCUGUGGCCCCCAUGACUGGAACCAUCGAGAAGGUGCUGGUGAAGGCUGGAGAUAAAGUGACUGUAGGAGACCCGCUGAUGGUCAUGAUUGCCAUGAAGAUGGAGCACACGAUCCGGGCGCCCAAGUCGGGCGUCAUAAAGAAGGUUUUCUUCAGCGAGGGCUCUCAGGCCAAUCGUCACGCAGCUUUGGUUGAACUGGAGGAGGUGGAGGAAGUGGAGGAAGGGGGCAGCCAGUAAAAGAUUCACCCACAAUCAAACAAAUGCACCGGGGGAGCUGGAGGAGGAGGAGGAGGA